AUGUCGCAAGGUGGCUCCCUGAUCCAUAUAGCAUCUACACUGCCUCAGUGCUCUGCACACUUGGCUUUGCCGCCUCAUAUGUCGGACGGUAUGGCGACCGGUGAGAGACGAACAAAUCUCAAGAGAGUUCAUCUUGUUAAUUCUGACGAUUCUGGGCCACCUCUUCUGGCAUUCUUCGCCUCCGUCCUCUGUUCCAAAAGGCUAUCGGCAUCAGCAGCAUGCUACCCACCAACAGUAGCAGUUGAUGAAUCCGUAUUGGAUGCGUUUUAUGAGGAACAGGAGGAAGUGAUCAGCAACGAGAAAUCCUUCUGUAAAUUCGUUGUCGGGGAUUUCAAUGCAAAACUAGGAAAGGCAACUGAAGAGGAACACAGGAUCGGAAGACUUGGACCAGGACACCGGAAUGAAAACGCCAAUCUUUGCGUUGUUGUCCGCCGUUCGCUUCUUUCAUUGAAAUUCUGUUUUUAUGAAGAAUGGCCGGUAGACAUGGGAGUCACCCAAUGGCGUGACUCGUGCAGAGAUCGACCACAUACUCACCAACCGGAGGCGGUGUCUACUUGA